UCUGCGAAAGCGGGAAAUUUGCGAAUCACCACCUGGUUCUUGGGCAUUGCGUCGAAUCAAUCUGCUUUGCUUCCAAUGGAGGAAGACCCGACCUUCGAUCCUGAUUUGAUCCAUUCGAUUUUCAAGACCGUGUGGACGAGGAUGGCCCUCGAGCGCGAGAGAAAUGAAGCCGCCGAUGCGAUGGACAAUGAGGCAGGACCUGCAAAUGCGACAUCCAAGAAGAAUCGACCGACUUCUGCUAAUGCUAAUGCAUUGAAGCUGAGCUGCGAACUCUUGCGGCUCUUCAUUACUGAGGCUGUGCAAAGGGCUGCUGCUAUUGCUGAGGCGGAGGGUAUGACAAAGGUUGAAGCAACUCACUUGGAGAGGAUUCUUCCCCAGUUACUUCUGGACUUUUAAAACGGUCCUUCCUGAUAUAGCUUGGACACUGAAAAAUCAGGUUUUGAUGAGAAUUUUAGCAUGUUUUCCAAGAAUCAGAUGAUAAUUGGUUCAUGCAAAAACAAGUACUUCAUAGGUAGAACCUAAUUACUAUACUCCCUUGUCCAAAUUGAUAAAUUUUUGUUUCAACCUCCAUGCUCCAUGUGAAAUAGUGAGGAUGUAAAGUUUCACGGAAUCUUAUGUCAGAUUUCAGUUUUAACUCAAUCAGGAUUUGUAAAUGAAAUCUUCCUUUGAAGAUUACGUAAAAGUACAUCAUGUUUUAUUCUGUA